GCUGUACGUAAAGCACAAGCGCCGGGUCUUCAUCACAUCACACUCUAAAAAGCCUAAGCUUCCAACUGCUAGCUAAAAGGAGGACGAAGAGUGUGGAUCAAGCAAAGUAUAGAAUUCUCGCAACGUCAAAAAGAAACCAAAACAUGGACGACAACGCCGUUGCCAUCGUCGCUGCCCGGCGCAGUGUGAUCGGGCGCUUCAAUGGUAGUUUGAAGAAUCUCUCCGCGUCCCAGAUGGGCGCCGCAGUGUUGCAGCAGUGUCUGAAGGACGUGCGGAUCGAAACCGCGUCGAAACAAGCCGCAAACUACAAUAAGCCCGCUGGUGGCGGUAUCCUGAGGAAAAACGUUCCCACACCAGAGUCAGGAUGGGGAUUUUGCAACACAAACGUAGGAGUUUUGUGAGUCACGCAUGACAAGUUGCACUCUUCAGUGUAGUGCUGGUUAGCAAGUGCAGCCGCAUCGCAGAUUCAUCGGCUCAUCCUGUUCACAGCAUCACAAAUUGCAAAACACGAUUGGAAAUGGCUCUCAUGGGGAUGCGCAUUACAAGUCUUCCUGUCUUUGCAAAUCUGCAUUACAGCUCUGGCGUGGGUACGCUUUUACUCAGGAUAGGUGGUGCCUCCUCGUCCGCAUCUUCUGAAACAGUGACAGCGCCGGGCGCCGGCGCUUCCUCAGCUUCCGGUUCGUCUUCCAACACGUUACCGGCAUCCCUCAUCGAGGAAGUCAUCGUAGGCCAAGUUCUGACCACCGGCACCGGGCAAAACCCAGCGCGCCAGACCUGUUUGAUGGCGGGGCUCCCGGAAACCACGCCGAGCCUGACGAUCAACAAGGUUUGCGGGUCGGGGCUAAAAUCCGUACACUUGGGGAUGUUGCAAGUCAUGGCCAACAGCGCUGCAGAGCCUUCAGCAGCUCCUGGUGCAAAUUCCACCGCGUCACUGAUCGCCUGCGGCGGGCAGGAAUCCAUGUCUAACGCGCCGCACUUUCUUGCCGGGAGUAUGGCGUUCUCAACUGUUACAUUCUCAACUGUUACAUGAAUUUGUCAUGCAAGACUGGCAAAAGUGAAAGGAGGAAGAUUGCGCCUUUUGCAUUACAAGUUUGGCGCAGAUUUAGAUGCUGUUUAGCACUUCCGACAUUUGUCAUGCGAAGCAGCUCGAUCAUCUGGCGGCUGAAGGCACUUUUGCAUGACAAAUCCAUGUAACAGUUGAGAAUGUAACGUUUGAGAGCGCCAUAGGGAAGUCCUCGCGGUUAGGGCAGAAGAUGGGCGAUAUGAAGUAUCACAGGAAAAUGUGUUAAACGUUAACGGUUUAUUUCACAGAUUGCAGUCCUGCAUCACAAAGACAAAUGUAGCCCAAUAUGCAUUCUAUGCAUUGCAAAUUGUGGCACGUUUUGUGAUGCGUUGUUGCAUCACAAAUUCCGUUAAUGUUAACGCGUUUUCCUGUGAUAUGAAGCUCCAGGACUCCAUGCUUGUCGAUGGGUUGACUUGUGCUUUAUGCAUAAUACAAAAGUAUCGUGUUCGUGCUACCGCUACAAUGUACUAACUGCAUGACAAACACAAACUACCUAUACAGAGUGAAAUACGUAGAGUUGCGCAGACCAGCACGGGGACGAAAAGAAAAGUGGAACUUGUGAUGCAGAUCAUCCAGGUAGAAAAACCACAUCAGUAUUAAUGCACGCCUCCUGGAAUCAGUUGUACGAGUGCGAUGCUUUUGCGCAGCAUAGAUUUUCAACAAGUACCACAUGGGGAUUACGGCGGAGAACAUUGCGAGCAAAUACGGGAUUAGCCGGAAGGAUCAGUACGCCUUGCAAAAGUGUCGUACUUCUAGUACUGCUGUAUAAUAAAGUCAUAUCAAUCUUGCAUGACCAAGUUGGAUUUCUUAUUCUGUGGCAUGGAAAAUCAAGCAGGAUGAGAUUUGGUAAUUAUGCUCAACGAGAUAAAAAGGACAAGGGACCACCAAGAAGUUGUGUCAGGCGUAAUUGAUAUGCAAUUUUUCUAGUUUUCUCACACGAGGAGAAGUCGAGCACGAAGAUGCUUUUGCUUGGGAUAAGCAGGAUGAGUUCGCGUUGUCCAGUCAGAAGAAGGUAGGAUUGCCUACUCCCUGGCGUUUCUACCUUGAUUUCCAGCCAAAUUGCCGGCCCAGGCAUUUCUACCCGGGUUUCCGGUACGGGUGCAAAGCCUGGCACUCUACCUUGAUUUGCAGCCAAAAUGCCGGCCGAGGCAUUUCUACCUGGAUUCCGGGCAAGGAUGCCGGCUCGGGCCUUUCUGCCUUGAUUUUCUCUCAGUAGAAAUGCCGGGCCAGGCAUUUCUGCCUUGAUUCCCAGUAGAAAUGCCCGCCGGCUGAGGUGGUAUUUCUGCCUGGAUUCCCUGUAGGAAUGCCAGACCUCCUGGUAUUUCUGCUUCGAUUUCCUGUAGGAAUGCCAGGCCUGCUGGCAUUUCUACUUAAAUUUCCUGUAGGGAUCUUCGAUCUCCGGCACGAAUGCCAUGGCGCUUGCGCUUCUAGCUUGAUUUCCAGUAGAAUUGCCAGCCCUCCUGGCGUUUCUACUUACCUGGGUUUCCGGUAGGAAUGCCAGGGGGGGGGGCCUCCUGGCAUUUUUUCUACCUGGAUUUCCGCCAGGCUGGCAGUUCUUCUUGGAUUUUCGGUAGGAAUUCCAGACCUCCUGGCGUUUCUACUUUGAUUUCCAGUAGAAAUGCCGGCCCUCGGCAAAGGUCGACUUUUCUCUGUGGGAGGGAAGUUUUCUCUGUAUCACAGAGAAAACUCCUCUCGCCACAGAGAAAACUCAUAGGCCGUGACAGGUAUUUCUCUGUAGAUGAAAUGGCAGUUUGUGAUGCGCAAGCAGCCAUUUUUGUUUGUUUUUAUAUGUAUAUCCUUUAUGUUUUUGCUUAUGUUUGUUUUUGUUUCUUCUCCUUCUGUUUUUGUUUCUGUUUCUUGUUUAUACUUUUCUCUGUUUUGCUUUCAACUUUCUCUGUGAUAUCUUUUGAUAUCAUUUGAUAUCAUUUGAUAUCAAUUGAUAUCAACAGAGAAAACUUAAUAUUUUAACUUUCGAGACCCGACAACGAAGCACGAAGAUGCUUUUGCUUGGGAAAAGCAGGAUGAGUUCGCGUGGUCCAGUCAGAAGAAGGUUGUGCUCCUAGAUUUUUACCUGUGCAUACCUCGGGUCGUUGGUUUCUUCCCUUUUUCUCUUUCUUAGUUCGAGCGAUCUAGUGUCAGAAUUCGCUCGUGUCAGAGUUCGCUCUGACAAAAUGUAAACGCAAUGCAAACUGCUGCACUUUUAGCAUCUGCUGCGUGCGGCAGAUAAAACAAGGUGAGAGACACAGACUUGGCAUGGAGAUGGAUUUGAUUUGCAUGGCGUUUCGUUUUCCGCCUUAGGUCGUCGUCGUUGGUUCGGGCGGCGCGCAGUUCUGUAUGUUGAUAUCUGUUUUUUGGGGCGCUGUUUCGUGAUCAUAGGCGCUUUUUUUGUAGGUGGGGCCCGCAUGCUGCCCGGCCCGCGACGAACCGACGCGCGACCAUCAGCCCGCGGCCCGGGCUUGCGGGCGGCGGUGGGCUGUGGCGCCCGCCUCGCUCGACGUUGGGGCGGGCCUCCGCACGCUUCUCGGCCGGCCCCUCGGGGCUGGCGGAGCCCAGCCGCGAGGGAGGCGAUUGCCGGGGCGACGGGCCGGGCCCGGCGGGGCUCGAGCCAGCAAGGUAGCGCGCGGAAGCCUCCGCCCGUCAAUUUCCUCCAGGGGGGGCCCGUCGGUCGCUCGAGGCCGUGCCCGGCCGAGGCCCUGUCAAGUUCCUCAAGGGCGGGUGGCGGCCGCGGUCGAAGCCGGCCCGCGCCGGGUGGUGGUCCGGUUUCCCUGUCUCUUUCGGAGGCGCGGGGCGAGCGCACUCGCGCGGGCGCGCUGCCGUGCGGCCUAGCCUGUCUGUUCUGGCCUAGCAAGCUAGAAAUCCCGCCCGGCGUCGUCCGCGCGCGCCACACCUCGACGCACCGCACCGGGCAGCGCGCCUGGCCUCACCUCGGCGCACCUGGCGCGCGCGCACUCACAGCACGCACCUUUUGGGUGCGUGCGAUGGGUGCGUGAUUCUAGGUGCGUGAUUUCUAGGUGCGUGAUUCGGACCAUGUCCCAAUUUAUCUAGUUUUCUCUGCACGAAGCGAGCACGAUACGUUUGCUUGGGAUAAGCAGGAUGAGUUCGCGUUGUCCAGUCAGAAGAAGGCCCAGAAAGCGAUUAGUGGAAUGAAAGCUGCGGUGGAACAAUAUGAUGUUCCCAAACGUUAUAUUCUCAACUGUUCCAUGAACAGUUUGUGAUGCAAGAAAAACAGAACCAGUGAAUAAAAAUAAAUCGGCAAGCUUGCAGCUCUCGCAUCACAAAUUUGGAACAGAUUUUGAUGCUGUUUUUUAGCCCUUCCAGAUGAAGAAUUUGUCAUGCGAAGUAACCGUGGUUGUCUGGGGGCGGCUUAAGGUAGUUUUGCAUGACAAAUUAGUGUUGUAACAGCUGAGAAUGUAACGCUUGCGAACGCCAUAAACGACAGCGAUCCCUUCACCCCUUCGCCCUGACGGUCCCCCUGGCGAACUUGAAAUCCGAUGAGCACGUGAACUUGAAGAUCGAAAAAGUCGAGGAAUUAGCGAAGUUGAAGCCGGCGUUUAAACCGGCAAAGGACAACGGGACCGUUUAUGGCGCUCUCAACUGUUACAUUCUCAGCUGUUGCAUGGAUUUGUGAUGCAAAAGCAUUAUCACCAUCCACACGAUCAACCUGCUUCGCAUGACACAUUUGCCUUUUGAUGAGGUGCAGUCGGGUAUGCAUGACAAAUUUGCGAAGCGCUAUCAAACAUCACCGAAAUCCGUGCGGGAUUUCUUUGUAAUGCUACAGGCGCAAGCUCCCGCCUUUCACUUUUCUCAUUCUUGCAUCACAAAUCCAUGUAAGAGUUGAGAGUGUAACAGUUGAGAACGCCAUGCCGUUACUGCGGGAAACGCGUCCGGAUUGAACGACGGUGCGGCAUUUGUGAUCUUGACUACGGUGAUAUGAGUGUGCACAACUCCCCCUACCGCUACCCCUCAUUUGUGUUGCAUGAACAGCAACACAAGCGCUGGCAAAGAUGCAGCUUUUGCAUGGCAAAGUCCUAGUGGAUUGUAGUGCUGUUUUGGAUUCCGGAAUCUGUCAUGCAAACUAACAGUAAUAAAAACAGGCAAAGGGUGGACGUGGACUUGGAAUUUUGCAUGACAAAUGAGGGGGAGGAGGGGGAGUUGUGCACUGUCAUAGGUGAAAAAAGCAAAGGAGUUGAACCUACCGGUCUUGGCCACCAUCAAGGCCUUCGCGUCCGCCGGGGUGGACCCGAAAGUGAUGGGCUUGGGACCGAUAUCCCGUGCAAAAGUAUCGCACUCGUAGUGAUUGCAGUUAUCUAUCAUGCAUCACAAAUCUUUUUCUUAAGGCAAACCCGCAUUACAAAUUCAAUUUGUAAAAAUGCUGAGCAAAUUUGUAUUGCAAUUUAUACUACUAGUGCGAUACUUUUGCAGUUCAUAACCGAUUCCCGCGACCAAGUUGUGCUUGGAAAAAGCCAAGUGGACGGUGGGAGAGUUGGAUUUGGUGGAAUCGUAUCAAAUGUAAAAAUGUCUGGGUCUGGAAAGUUGGAACUUGUGAUGCUAACUUUGGACUCAAAAAAAAAUUGUAUUGCAUGAACAGCAAGAGGAACCACAUUUGUGCUACGCGAGGAGGGCUGCAUUUGUCAUGCGGAAAUGGCAUCCGGAAGCUUUCCAAAAAUCUGUGAUGCUGGGUCAUGCAUUACAAGCAGCAUCGGUCAUGCCAGACAAGCAUGUUGACAAGCCUUCCACUCUUCCAGACCCAGACACUUUUACAUUUGAUAAAUCGAAUGAAGCUUUCGCUGCGCAAAGCUUAGCAGUUUUGAAGGAUACAGGGUUUAAGUCGGAGAAGGUAUAUCUAUAAUAAAUACGACGUUGAUCAUGUUGAUGAUCAUCAUCGUCUAUCUUCAAAAAUCUGAGUUGUGUGAUGUUGUUUUCUGUGAUGCAGAUGCGUAAUAUUAAGGCGCACAAGUGGCGCUCAGACCUAUAAACUGCGGUCUGCCUACUCUACUUUCUCUUGCAUGAUGUAUACGCAUAAUUUAGGAGGUAAGACUCUACUCCCAUGUGAACUACAAUCCGGACCAAUGCAUGAUCUUUCGUAUAAAUAAAUCAGGUAAACGUCAACGGUGGUGCCAUCGCGUUGGGUCACCCCAUCGGUGCGAGCGGAACCAGAAUCCUCGUGGACUUGAUUUACGAACUGAGACGGCAGGGCAAGCGAAAGGGUUUGGCUACGAUGUGCAUUGUAUCAAAUGCAAAUAUGUCUGGCUCUGGAAGGAUCCAAACUUGUGAUGGUGUUUCGGAUCCUACAAGGACCUGUGAUGCAUGAACGUGUAAAAGGUGUCCACUUCUCGCCAUGCUGAGAGGGCAUUUCUCAUGCAGAAUACGCAUCACCAAAGACCUGCAAAGCCUGUGAUGCUAGGCCCUGCAUUCCAGAAGUGGGGGAGCUUGUAAAAGCUGCAUGACAAAUCUCGGAGUCUCCCAGACCCAGACAUAUUUGCAGUUGAUACAUUGGCGGGGGACAGGGAGUCGCGAUCGCGAUUGAGAACCCGAGCGCGACCGCCGGGGCGGCGAAAUUGUGAUUGAAAGAGAUGUUGAUAGCAGUUUUAUAGAUUUAUUUCGAAGUAGAACCAGGAGUACUUGUACUAGCGCAGCGCCAUUCUGAUAUAGGUGCGUACUUUUCAUCGUCGAGAGAAAUUUUCAGAGGACUAGUCGGUCUUCAUCAAGUAGCUUUUGUGUUUUUCUUUGUCCGUAUCACAACUCCAACUCACUAGCCUUGCAGUUCUUGUUUGGCAGUCCAACGAAUAUGAACCAAUUUUCCAGACGAGGAAGGACUGACUCCACGUCAUUCUCAUCCGGAGUCCUCCCGUGUUGAUGAGACUUUGCGCAUUGAUUAUCCUCCUCCGAUUUGCGAAUUUUGUGAUUCAGUCUGACGCGUUAGCGUUUUCCAUUCACACUUGUCAAGAUGAAAUUGUAGAUUGAACAGAGAAUCUUGUUCGCGGUACUCUGCCUCUGGACGGUCCUCACAUGAAGGAGCUAUGCCUGCUGUGAGGCGAGUAGCACCAGCCUCCAAUUCUGAGUGAUAUUGCUAAGGAGUGCACCUGCAAACGAGCGAUGCUGGCGAUUUGCUACUACAGCCUGAUAUUAGAUUAUCGUAUGUAUUGAGGUCGUCACCGAACGGUUCUAAUACAACACUAGUGUAUGAAGUCAUAUGGAAUUGGAG